CGCCCUCUUUGAAAAGUGUGUUGUUUGCUACAAGCGAGCUAAUUAUUUUUAUAAUGGAGUUUUAAGUGUUUAGUUUUCAUACUCUGGAAGUCAUAAUAUGUGUUUAUUUUUUUUCCAUAUCGAUUCUCUCUAAUGUUUUCACGAGUUGCAUUGAGAUCGUUACUUUCCAUAAGAAAUUGGAAAAGGUUAAGUGAAAGAUUCGCACGCGUUACUCUGUUAACAAUAGUAUAGAGUUUAUUUACCAUACUGCAGAUAAUCGUAAUGGAUAGAACGUUGUCUAAUGGGAGUAAAUCAUCAUAUGUGUCCUGUAUGAAAAUAAAUGGGAAACCUAUUAUUCCUCCAUUGAUGACUCCUGAGCGCAGAGCAGAAAUGCGGCUCUACAGGGAGCUAGCUAUGGCUGUAGAUGCUCGACUCCAAGGUUGGAUAAAGAAGGACAGUAGCACUAAGAAGAGCAGUGUGGACAGCGGAGUUACUGUACUGUCUGGCACUGAACAUGCUUCAAGUGACCAUCCUUUGUGUGCCAAUAGAAGAGUUGACAGUGGCUCUGUCGGUGAAGCAGAAUCUGUAAUGAUCACAUCAGAAGAUAGGGCAUCAUUAAACACUACAAAGAUCAAUACUCUGGUACCUUGCAGUGAAUUAGAACAAAGAAGUCAUAAAACUAUCACAAAUUCUGAUUUAGUGUCAGGGUCAAAUAGAAUGUCAGGAAGUUCCCAACAGGAUGGUACCCACAGUAACCCGGCCUUGCUUGUGGGAUCUACCCAGCAACAUGUAGUACUGCAUGAUAAUGAAGUCAAAAAUUGCAUGCAGCGUAUAACUGUUGAUGUAAGAGAUACAAGGGGUUUAUGUUUAGAAAACAAAGAUUCAACAGCCCAGAACAGUAAGAAUGGGGGAGAAGACGACAUCAGCAUUCCUGACAAAUGUGGUCCAGAGAACAUGGAGCAAAGCUCUGGGUUCAUUUUGUCAAACAGUAUUUUUGAUUCAAAUUAUGCUGGAUACAAGCCAUGGGAGAAGGUACAACGUGGUAACAUCAGUAAUGAAGGUAAGAAGGUAUUGGAACUUCAACAGAAAAAUGUAAGUGUCAUGAAUGGUAAUCAGCAGGGGUUAGAGCAAGCAGUAAGCAACAGUGAUGUGAAUGGAAACUUAGUACAAAGUACUCAGCAGAGGCAAAUUAACACUGUCAUUCAUCGCUGCCUCGUUGACAAUUUUUUAACUCCAGUUAUACAAAAUGUUAAACUUAAAUCAACAUUUCUUGUCAGUGGUAAUGAUAUUCAUGGACACAAAUAUGGCUCAAAUAAUAGUGCGUCGGAGGCAAGAGGUGAAUCCUUAAAUUAUAAAACAUUUACUUCUCAAAACCAAAUUAAUUCUAAAAACCCACUUGAACAUGUUCAGGUUCAAACAGGAAUAAAUGGAACAUUCCUUUUGUGUGGUCAGAAGACAGAUAAAACUCAUACACCCACACAGACUGUUCCUUGCAUCAGUAAGGAUACAUACUCGAGUAAACCUGUGACAAUCUGUGAAGGGAUUGUGGACAUCUCUGACAGCUUACGGUCAGAAUCGUGUGGCAAUGAAGAGUCUGUAAGGUUUAGUACUUUGGAAUCAGACAGGAGUGCUGUAAUGAAUAUGUGCACUUUCUCAAGGAACAGUUCUGCAGAAACUACUGGGUUCACGUAUAUUAGCAGUAGCACACCUCAUCUCUUAGUACCUGAUAAUCUGGAAGACAGUGUGAGUUCUGUGGUCAUGACUUCCAGCACAGACCUCAAUCAUUAUAUGAACACUUCAGGGAGCAGCGGGAGUGUAUCCUCAGACCGAGAUGUUGCAGCAUUCCAUAAUUCCAAGUGGACGGGGCAGGAUGAACUUCAUUGUACGUCUAACAUAGUGGCACUGCAAAGAUCUUUACUCUCCAAAAAUACUUCCGGUGGGCAGCAUUUACAAUUGACAAGCGUCUGUGAACCAAAUUUGAUUUUACAUCAUAGUUCUGUAAGUGAUCAGAUUGGAGAACAAAACUGCAUACAGAACUUUGAUAAUGACAAGCUGGGAACUAGUUCAAUCAAAGAGAAUGUCUGUGUGACAGAGAAAGUAGUUGUGUGGCAUGACCAGCCAGAUAGCCUGAAUAUGACAUAUCCUGUGGGUAGAGACUGUGCAACAUGUGAUGUCAGUAAUUUUAGUGAAAGUUGCAAAAGUGUUAAUUGUCACGUAGGAAACCAAGUCAAGUGCCUUACUGUACCUAAAGUGAAGCUUCAGCACAAGACUGUAGAUAAACAUGAUGACUUGGAAGCUUCUUUGAGCCCAGUAAAUACAUUUCCAUGUGAUUCUGAUAGUACUGAAGUGAACAACAUUAGUGAAUGGAACGUUCUGAAACCAGAGACAACACCACCAAGACUUGUGCGUCAGAACUCGUACACAUUGAUUGCUCCAAGCCCCCUGCUUGUGGCUCACAUGAAGAUGCAGAAUGGAAAGAAUUCUGUUCAUGAUAUGACUGAGAGUUCAAACAUUUCAACAGAACCAUGUAGGAAAGCCUGCGAUCUCAGUAAGGUCAGAAUGAAAUGGGAAUCAAACAGAAAGAAAGGUAAUUCAUUAUUGGCAUCACCCAACAGGAACACAAACUCUGGCAAGAAAAUAAAUUCUUCUGCUGUCAGUUCUGCCAUAAGUGCCUCCUUGACUCAUCAUCAACCACACCAAAAUUCCUCUCUCCCCACUAGUAACACAUCAAGCCCCAUCAAGCUUCUGACACCAUUUGCAUCACUGGAUUGUCUGCCAUCAGCUGUGUCCACAGAAUCAGUGAAAACAUUUCCACAGCCUUCACCGCGAAAGAAAAAUAAACACAUUUGCAAAAAUAUCAUUUUAUCAGCAGCUUCCAAGGAAACUAAAACAUCAGAGAUAUCUCAGAAAAAGUCCCCAACAAAAAAUCUGAAGGAUAUACCAAUGGAAAACCCAUCUAUAGCAUCUCAGGGAAGCCCAAAGAAAAUAAACGAAACUACGGCUGUGCCUUUAUCCACUCGGCAGGAUGUACAAGGAUUGAUCCUGCACUUGCAAUCUGAGCAUAGCCAACAAAUGGCUGCUCUGUUGGCAAAACAGCAAAUGGAACAAGAGGAAUUGCAUAAGGCCUUUCUUCAGCAGCAGAAUGAACUUAUGCUUGAAGUCUGUAAAGUUUAUUCUGCACCAUUUUAUCCACCAGGGUCUCAGAAUCAACUAUCACAACAGACUUCAGCAUGUGACCAUUUGACAAGACAUGAAAAUGAAAGUUUUAGUUCUUCCGCUAAUCAAGCUGCUUCUGAUUUAUCAAGUAAAAGCUUGUCAUUGGGGAGUGUGGACGCUUUAGAGACAUCAGCACAUGACAUGCAUGGUAAAUGUGUUCUGUUAGAUGAAAAUUUCAAAAGAUUAGAAAGUAUUUCACCUUCAACAGACGUGGGACAGAAUGUGAUUGACAGUAGAUUAUAUGAAGACCCAUUACAAGACAGAACACAAGGGUCAAAUGAAAUGACACCACAUUUACACGAAUCAAGUCACAAGGGUGAGCCAGUGAAAGAAGUCCCCCAGAAUGCUUUACAAGAUGGAAGUUAUUGUAGGUUAUCAGAAUCAGAGAGCACAGAAAAGUAUCUACCAGAACAUUCAUUUCAUCCUUGUAUAACUGAAAGCACAAGUCCUGAAAUUUUAGUUCCACCAGACCUGAAUAUACUACAGAAACAUAACAGUGAUAGUGGUGAAGAAAAUACUAAAAACAAAGUGGACAUUCAUAAUGUUAAUUGUGCAGGUCUUCCUCUUUCAUGUACCUCUGCAGUAGUGCCAAAUUUACCAACUUCAGAAAGUGCAUCAACACCCAGGACAGAAGCAGAAUUUCCUCCUGGUUCUGUUCCUAGUAGCCUAUUUGUGAAUGGGUAUAAUGGUGUUGACACCAAGGACAGACAAAACAACAGCAUUCAGGGUCGUAGUCCUUGCAUCAGACAAUUGUUUCCAGCUGUUCAGGAAGCAGCUGCUUUACAUGGAACACCUCGAUUGAAUCACUGUGAUCUUGAAAAGGUUGCAGCCACUCGAAUAACAGCUGCGGCUCGCGGAUUCCUGACUCGUAGACUGUUCCGGACAGCUCAUGUUCAAAACAUUAUCUUGACUAUUCGGGAUACAUUGUUGUGUGCACUGCAGAUGCAUCAUGAUUGUGGGUCUGAUGUCACACCUGAAGAUGUUGCUUUGCAUCGCCGCCUCAUACAGCAGGUGACAGCAGCAUGUUAUGCUCUGCAUGGAGUAUUCUUCAACCUACCUAUUUCAGAACAAAUGGCAAUCAUUGCUGCUGACCGGGAUAGAAUACGCAAACAAACUGCACGACAGCCUGUCCCGAAACCACUCUCUGCUGCUACGAGGAGAACAAUUGAACGUAAAAUGUUACAGAGCCGCAGUAGCUGCUUCCCCACAAACCGUCCAGUGAGAGCUGCCUGCCCCCUUCACAGAAUCAGGUCAUCACAAAUCGAUAAAAGUGCUCAUUCUAGGAGCUAUGAGGUGCGUCAGCAUCAGCAGACACAACUUCGGGGCAUGGCAAAGAAUCGUCACUAUCUCGACAUGAAUAGCAGAAGAAAACCCUGGCGCUAACUUGUUUCACUGAUCAUGGUAAGUGUCCUAUAGUUGUUGCUGGAGAUGAAGUAGAAGACUGAUUAAAGCAAAUAUAAAUGUCAUGAAACUAAGCAAAACUUAUGAAGUCACCAGUGGUAACAGAAUGUGAAUAUUAAGUGCAACUAAAACAUAGUGAUCUUUUUACCUCUUAAAUUACUGUCAGAAAAGCUGCCUGCAUGUAUAUGUAAUAUGGACAAAAAAAAAUGAUUGGUGCUUCUUAUGCCUUAUAAAUGUAGAACAAACAAGAUUAAAAAUUUUAGUUUUGUAUUAGCAUGUGGUAGGGUCAAGAA